AUGUCAUCCACCGGCCACGAGAAGUAUAGCUUUGGAGCAGUGCACUCCAUCGCCCGCCACCAAGUUACAAGCCCUCAUGCCGCUGUCCUCGGGCGCCGUGCCGCCGCAAUCAGGUCUACCGCGGUGAGGGACUCGAGUGGCGAUGUAGUCGUAGUCUUUGCCAGAGUCGAGGGGAGGCGCAAGUGUGACCAGCAUGAUCGCGUGCAGGAGGACCGUGAGGGUGAUUUCGUGGUGGCUGCAGGCAGAGAUGAGCCCAGUCAGUCGCCGGACCGGGACGGGUGA